AAAGUUAACUGUAGACAAUUAUCAUGUGCCAAGACCCUUGGCCUUUCUAGGAAAUUCAAAACCAGUUAUUUAAAGUUGAUCAAUGUUUGAAUAAUGUUAUAAUUUGAUUGUAGUCCAAUCUGGAAUGACAUCAAUUUAACCUUCACAUAAAUGUUUUAAAAUGUGAUACAUUUCUUGGGUAAUUUUAUGAAUCAAAUCCUUCAACAUUUGCUCUUGUCAACCUUGAAGUCAUGCACUAACCACAUUACCAAUAUCAUUUCUUCAAGGUUAUCUUGCUCAUCUUAUACUGUGUUCAAUUAUUUCUAACGAUAAUUUAUUCUCUUUUUUCAAGUGUCUACCAUUAAAAGAGUUAUAAGCUUUGCUACCAUUUGGAUCAUCAAAUAAAAACAGUGUUACUCUUUGCUGUCGACAGAAAACAGUUUUCACGUGAACAGGUAUUCAAGAUGGUCACAUCAAAUUUCGAAGAGCCGUGGCUCAGUGUUUCACCGCCAGAUCUGGAAAAUCUGUUUAAACUUGACCCCUACUUAAAGUUACAUGGAAACGAGAUCAAACGUCGUUAUUACCACUAUAAAAAGUUGGUGGAUUCACUUAGUGCCAAUGAAGGAGGAUUAAAAGGAUUUAUUGAGAGCUAUAAAACUUUUGGUAUCCACGUUCAACCCGAUAAUAGUAUAAGAUGUCUUGAGUGGGCUCCCGGAGCUGAGGGAUUGUUUUUAAAAGGUGAUUUCAACAGUUGGUCUAACAUUUCACACCCUUUCAACAAACUUGAGUUUGGCAAAUGGGAAUUAAUCAUACCACCCAACCCCGAUGGAACUCCAGCAAUCAAACAUGGUGAUAAGUUAAAAAUUGGUGUAUUAACUAUGCGAGGGAUUAUUGAAGAUCGUAUUUCUCCAUGGGCGACUUAUGUGGUUCAACCCGAAACCUCUAUAAUCUAUGAUCAAGUAUUUUAUAAUCCAAGUGAGAGAUAUACGUUUAAGAGCAAGAAACCCUUAGCGCCAACUAAUAUCAAAAUUUAUGAAAGUCAUGUUGGUAUCAGUAGCCCAGAUUAUCAAGUUGCCACUUACGAUUAUUUCAGGGAGAAAGUUCUUCCUCGGAUCAAGAAACAGGGUUAUAAUGCAAUCCAAUUGAUGGCAAUUAUGGAACAUGCAUAUUAUGCUUCAUUUGGUUACCAGGUUACUUCAUUUUUUGCCCCCUCUUCACGUUAUGGCACUCCCGAUCAGCUUAAACGUCUUAUCGACGAAGCUCAUUCGCAAGGCAUUUACGUUCUUUUGGAUAUAAUUCACAGCCAUGCUUGUAAAAAUGUAGACGAUGGUUUGAAUCGUUUUGAUGGUACCAAUAGUCAUUAUUUUCAUGAUCUCCCAAGAGGUGAACAUACUCUUUGGGAUUCACGUUUAUUUAACUACUCCAAUUGGGAGACACUUCGUUUUUUACUCUCAAAUUGUCAUUACUGGUUGGAAGAGUUCCAGUUCGAUGGUUUCCGUUUUGAUGGUGUAACAUCAAUGCUUUAUCAUUCACAUGGUAUUGGACACGGUUUCUCUGGUGAUUACAAUGAAUACUUUGGCCUUAAUACGGACACGGAGAGUUUCAAUUAUUUGCAACUGGCCAACCAUGUAAUUCAUCAUUUCCAUCCCAAUGCAGUUACCAUAGCUGAAGAUGUUUCCGGAAUGCCUGCUCUCUGUCGACCCGUUUCAGAGGGUGGAGGAGGUUUUGAUUAUCGUUUAGGUAUGGCAAUUCCUGAUAAAUGGAUUGAAUUACUUAAAGAGUGCAGCGAUGAAGAGUGGAAUAUCGGUAACCUUGUACAUACUCUUUCAAAUCGUCGUUGGAAAGAGAAAACUAUUGCAUAUGCUGAAUCUCAUGAUCAGGCGUUGGUUGGUGACAAGUCAAUUGCUUUUUGGUUGAUGGAUAAAGAAAUGUAUGACAACAUGUCAACCAUAACGCCAUUGACCGACAUUAUUUCAAGAGGAAUUGCAUUACACAAGAUAAUUAGACUGUUAACUCAUGGCCUAGGAGGAGAAGGCUGGUUAAACUUCAUAGGCAAUGAAUUUGGACAUCCAGAAUGGUUGGACUUCCCUCGAGCUGGAAAUAACAGUAGUUACCAUUAUGCUCGUCGACAAUUCAAUUUAGUAGAUGAUGAGCUUCUUCGAUACAAGUUUCUUAAUAAUUUUGAUCGAGCUAUGAAUACACUGGAAGAGAAGUACCGUUGGUUGAGUGCAGAUGAUUCUGGUUAUGUUUCCUGGAAACAUGAAGAUGACAAAGUGAUUGUCUUUGAACGAGCCCAAUGUGUCUUUGUGUUUAACUUUCACCCAACCAAAUCUUUUCCAGAUUAUAAGAUUGGUGUUGAUGAGCCUGGAAAGUACAAAAUUGUUCUUGACUCAGAUGCUGAAGAAUUUGGUGGAUUUAAAAGGCUUGAUCAUUCAGUUGAAUUCUUUACUUCUCCAGAAGGUUUUGCUGGACGUGCCAAUUCAAUGAUGAUUUACAUUCCGAAUCGAACCGGAAUUAUUUUUGCUCGUCAUUAUGGAUACUGAAAAGCCAUUGAAAGUCUGCGUGAUAAUUUUUAGGCCAAAAUUGUUCACAUUUUAUAACUGAUUUGUCCAUUUAUUUUCAUGGAAUCAACACUAGCCUAUUAUUCAAUCUUUACAAAUAGAUUGAGGUUUUUAAUUUAAAACCAAAUAUAGUUAAGUUUAUCUAUUUUGUUAGAUAUUAUAUGUUGACCAGAAAAUAUUUUUUGAAAUGUACGGGACGGGGUAAAUUUAAAUCCAUGUUAAAAUGAAAGUAAAAUAAAUUAAUCUUUCAAUAAAAUAAAA